GAAAUGAUAAAGAAAACAUCCUUUGCCCAAGUGAAUGUUGCCAGUAGUGAGUACAGGUAACGUGACAGGAGAAGAUUACAAAAGCUAGCCGUGGAAGCUAGCGAUUUGGAUUAUGGGUCCAACGGCUAUGACCCCCUUGAAAGCAGCAUGAUUAUGAUUUACCAAAUUCUUUUCUUCUGUAUUUUGUGCCAGAGUUCAUCUUUUCUUGCUGGGUUUUAUGUUAAAGCUAUGCACCAGAACAGAAAGUGGCUCUUGCUGUUCUUCAUGAGAGCUUGUGUUAGUGGUUCUUGCUUUUUGCUACAAUAUAUAAGAAGCUACUGAGCUUAAAGUACUUGAGCUUCCCUCGCUGCUUUGCUGAGGAGUACAAGAAUGAGUGAGCCUGUGCAAGCGGCUCAAGCAACAAUUGUAGAUGCUGCAUCCACUGAUUUAGAGAUUGAUCAUCGAAGGAAGGAACCUCCAAGGUCGUCGGAACCCAAGAACGCGGCAUUCUCCAAUGAAAGAAAAAAGUCCUUAGGCGCACGGUAUUACUAUGGCAUUAUCUUUCUGUUAACAAAUCUUGUCGCGUGGUUCGUUCGUGACUACGGUCAGAAGAUCGUUCCAGAGCUUCACUAUUUAAAAUCUUGUGGAAGUGGGGGAAUUGCCUGCUUUCAGACAAUGGGAGUUCUCCGAGUGAGUCUGGGAUGCUUCAUGUUUUUCUUUUUGAUGUUUCUUACCACGCUCAAUACAAGAAAGCUCCACGACAUCCGCAGCAUCUGGCAUUCGGGAUGGUGGGUUGUGAAGUUCUUCAUUUUGAUGGGGUCAAUGACAGCUCCCAUGUUGUUCCCCUCAAAUCUGAUUCACUUGUAUGGUGAAUUUGCUCGAGUAGGUGCAGGAAUAUUUCUUGUGCUUCAGCUCAUUAGCGUGAUCCAGUUCAUCGCUUGGUGGAAUAAUCAUUGGAUGCCUGAUGGAGAAAGUAAGCGAAGCUGCUCUAUUGGAUUGGUGAUGUCCACAAUCUUUUAUGUCGCGUCAGUAGGAGGGAUUAUCAUGCUUUGCAAAUUCUAUGCUUCGGGACAGUCCCUCAACAUAUUCUUUAUCGCAUGGACCGGCAUAUUGCUUGUAGUGAUGCUGGUCAUAUCCUUGCACUCCAAGGUCAACAGAGGCCUUUUAUCUUCAGGAAUAAUGGGAUCGUACAUUGUGUUCCUCUGUUGGUCUGCCAUUAGAAGCGAGCCUGCCAUACAGAACAGCAAUAUGCAGAAGCAAGGGAGUCAUCAUGAUUGGUUUACUAUACUGAGCUUCCUCAUUGCAAUAUGUGCGAUUGUCAUGGCGACUUUUUCUACUGGCAUUGAUUCGGAAUCCUUUCAGUUUCGAAAGGAUGAAAUUCAAUUGGAGGACGACGUGCCGUACAAGUACGGGUUUUUCCACCUGGUAUUCUCUCUCGGAGCAAUGUACUUCGCGAUGUUGUUCAUCUGUUGGAACCUCGAAAAUACCACCAGGAAGUGGAUCAUCGAUGUGGGUUGGGCGAGCACGUGGGUGAAAAUCGUCAAUGAAUGGCUCGCAGCCACGAUCUAUUGUGAGUAGUAGGCACCACGCUUUGCUUAUCUAUCUCUAGUAACUUCAGUGUGGAUACUGAUCUCGCCGGUUGUAAGGCAAGCCAAAGUGAUGGACCACGAGGAGGAAUCGCGAGAACACACGCAGAACGUGGCCACACCAUGAAUCGCCCUCAUAGGGAUGCGAUGUAGAUUGAUGUCGUAGCUGCAUUAUUCUUUCUCUGUAUCCUGUAUGAGUAUUAAUUGUACUUAAAGAGCA